GCGAUGAAAUCUUCAUUCCUCCAUCUUCCAGUCCCAAAUUUCAAGGGCUUUUCAACGAUUUCCGAAUCCAAGAACCUGUCUUUUCCGUCGUCGACAUCACUAUCUCAGCGGCCACCACCGCCAUCACCGUCGUUACCGUCUUCUGAGACAAUUUUCUGCGGCAAGCAAUCUGUAAGAAGAGGGAAGCAGAGGUACCCGUCGGAGAAGAAGAAGCUAGAGAGGCAAUUCAAAGACCUAAACAAUGUGGAGAACAAAGAGGAGGGUUACUGGAGAUUCUACAAAUUGGCGGUUCCGGUGCAGAAGGAUCCGGGCAAAGACCAUAUCGGCAUUUCAGAUGGCCUCCUCGAGGCCGUUGCGAAGGCUCUCAAAUUCCCGGUUGCCUCAUUGUUGCCUCACGAGGCGUUUUCUGUCGUCAGAAAAUCGUUCGAUGCCAGAAAGGUGCUGAAGGAACCGAAGUUUGUAUACACUGUUGACAUGGACACGCAAAAGCUACUGAGUUUGCAGCCUCGUGCCCAGGACUUUGUUUCUCGGUUGGAGCCUAAAGCAGGGGUUGUGGAGCAUUUUUCCACUGAAAAGGAUUCUGGUGACUUGAUAAGCAUCUUAAAUGGCUAUACAGCGACCAAUGUUAGCGGUGUACCCGCAAAUGGAACUCGUGCUGUUUCUUCAAAUAGUCUCCACAAGUUUCAGGGUGGAAAAAAGCCCAAAAUUGCCGUUGUGGGUAGCGGACCAUCUGGGUUGUUUGCUUCUCUUGUUCUUGCAGAACUUGGAGCUGAUGUUACUUUAAUAGAGAGAGGACAAGCGGUCGAGCAAAGAGGGCGUGAUAUUGGUGCACUAGUUGUGCGACGAAUUUUACAACCUGAAAGCAACAUUUGCUUUGGAGAGGGUGGUGCAGGUACUUGGAGUGAUGGGAAGUUGGUGACUAGGAUUGGGAGGAACAGUGACAGCGUGCAGGCAGUAAUGAAAACUUUGGUUCAGUUUGGUGCUCCUCCAAAUAUCUUAGUUGAUGGUAAACCUCAUCUAGGAACUGAUCGGUUGAUCCCCUUGCUGCGGAACUUUCGGCAGCAUCUGCAAAACCUGGGGGUUGAUAUCAUGUUUGGCACCAGAUUAGAUGAUCUGCUUGUUGUGAAUUCACGUGUUGUGGGGGUUGAAGUUUCCAAUCCAAGGUCGGAUUUGGGCAAUGGUAAGAGGAAGCUGGAAUAUGACGAUGUUAUUCUUGCAGUUGGGCAUUCAGCUCGUGAUGUAUACAAAAUGCUUCUUCUGCACAAUGUUGACUUGAAGACAAAGGAUUUUUCUGUUGGCCUACGAAUUGAGCACCCACAGGAGCUAAUAAACAGCUUACAGUAUAAUUCAUUGGCUUCAGAAGUUCACCAAGGACGUGGAAGAGUGCCCGUUGCUGAUUAUAAGCUAGUGAAAUAUGUUGAUGGAAAUGCUAUUACAACAGCUGGUGGUUUAGAUGAAAGGAGGCGUAGUUGUUACUCAUUCUGCAUGUGUCCUGGCGGACAGGUUGUUCUUACUAGCACUGAUCCAUCAGAGCUUUGUAUCAAUGGCAUGUCAUUUUCUCGGCGUGCAUCUAGGUGGGCAAAUGCAGCUCUUGUUGUUACUGUCUCACAAAAUGACUUCACUGAUCUUGGCUGUUAUGGGCCCUUAGCUGGUGUUAAGUUUCAGAAAGAAAUCGAAAGAAAGGCUGCCUCAAUGGGGGGAGGGAAUUUUGUUGUACCUGUUCAAACAGUUCCUGAUUUCCUCGAUGGCAGGUUAUCAGUAGCCCCUUUACCAUCAUCAAGUUAUCGUUUGGGUGUCAAGGCAUCAAAUCUCCAUGAGUUGUUUCCUCUUCAUAUAACGGAAGCUCUGCAACGGUCAAUAGCUCUCUUCAAUGAAGAGAUGCCUGGAUUUGUUACAAAAGAUGCUCUUCUUCAUGGAGUAGAGACUAGGACAAGUUCACCUGUUCAGGUUCCACGUUGCAACGAUACCUAUGAGUGCUUGUCCUUGAAGGGGUUGUAUCCAAUUGGAGAAGGAGCUGGUUUUGCUGGUGGGAUUGUUAGUGCUGCCGUGGAUGGCUUGUACUGUGGCUUUGCUGUUGCAAAGCAUCAUAAUUUAUACGAGGGGGAUAUUGAGGCAAUCCUUGGCAAAGUGCACAAAGAAACUGGAUUUGUGAAGUAUUAAGCUGGCGUCUAUUACUUUUAUAAAAGAUGUCCCUUGCUGCGGAAUUUUGCCAUUGUUGUGGAUCUCCGCUUCACAAGAUAACGAGUUAUUCAGCAACAGGUUGAUUGCUUAAAUAAGGCUUAGCAUGGUUCUGGCUUUUGAGCAUGAUUCUGGUCAUGAGCAUUGCUUGGAUGGCGUUUGAAUAUGGUCAGCGCAUUUGUGCAGAGGUACUCCAGUAUUAUGACGAGGCGCUAUUGAGACAAAAGGGCAAUCCCAGCGGGCCGACAUGAAAUUUCAGUUCUUGUUAGCUGGUUGUCAAAUGUGCUGUUUUACAUGAAUUUAAAUCUCUCUCUCUCUCUCUCUCUCUCUCUUGUGUAUAAGAGCAAGCAUCCUUGGUAUCAUAAAACCUUUGGAUGUGGAUUUCCUGUGCGGUUUUAAUAUGUUGCUUGGUGA